UAUACAGCACUUCAUUUAUCGGGACUUUUUAAACUAUGUUCACGUUUUAAGGUCCCUGUUGUUCUUUUAUGUUUAGGAGAGGACUGUAAGAGCUACUUCACCAGGGAUAACGUGUACAGGUCUUCGCUUACCUGCAGGUUUUUGGAGCACUGCUGUGGAAACUGCGAUCACAGAUACUGCUGCUCCUCUACAUCUUCGAGGUUAUCCGAUGAUAUGCAAGAUAUGUGCACUAUUUUUUAUAGGAUAAGCAGAGAAGGCCCUGCUGGCACUGACAGCACACCACUGCCUGAGAUGCUUCAUAGCAGCAAAACCAGUAUUGCCGUUACUUUAUCAAUAGUAGGGGCUGUGGUCUUCGUCCUCUUUUUCUUCAUCUGCUGUUGCUGCUGCCCCGGCUGCUGUAUCUAUCAAACGUGUGUAAAACCCAGACCUGUGGAUGAAACACAUGUAACUACAGUCAUGAAUACACAAUCCAUUCAGCAGCAGCCGGUAAUGCAGGGAGGCCAGUACCCACAAUACCAACCAGUGCCGACUCAAGCAGGUUACUGGGGUCAGCCUAUGCAGACAGCACCAUAUCAGGGACAGUCAUAUGCACCAGAACCCCCACCCUCAUAUGACGUGGCCACGAGUCCUGGAUAUCCCACUAUUCAGGGUGCAUAUAAUGGAGGCCAGGCCAUGUACCCCAUGAAGUCACCUGACCAGCCGGGUGCUGCUCCUGUCCUUUCAGAGACAUUGAAUCAGCCGGCUUACAACCCCGACUACAUGCAGCCACCAAAAACCGGUUACUAAACUGCAACCAUCGGUCAAAUCAGUCAUUGCUGGAUUGUGGAGUUUGACGCAGUUUCGCAAGGCAGUAAAAAUGUGCAUUAUACAAGACUAUGUGCUAUGGUCAGGGUUAUUAGUUUUUUAAUUUUAGUUAUUUAGUUUUAUUUCAAUUUCUUUCAUUUUAUUAAAAAAUAAAUAAAUGAUUACUAUAGAAAGUUUUACAUGAAAAUGUACAAGCAAUGAGUGAAAAUAGUUUCACACAUUAAAAGAAAAUGCAGUUUAA